CUCUAUUUUAUCUUUGAUUUCCCUCACUCAAUUCCACUCUUUUUCAGUUUCCCCUUCAAAUCUCUGCUUGGAAUCAUAGAGGAAGAACGACCAAAAAACAAAAUUUUGUGGAAUAGACCAAACAUUGACUCAAGCUCAAAAAGAGUGUUAUUUCUGAUCGAUUGUCCGCCUGAGCUGGUGAAACAGCCCAAAUUACCCACAAAACCUGAAUAAAUGGACGCUUUAACAUCCAGUCUUGCUGAUGUGAUGGUCUCCGCUCUCGUCGAUUUUAUUUCUGAUCGAUUGUCUGCUUCGGAGUUUCUCAACUUUGCCCGGAGAGAGCAGUUUUUCUCCCAACUCAACAAGUGGGAGAACUUUCUGCCCAAAAUCAAUGCCCUGCUCGAGGACGCACAACAAAGCCACACUGCCAGUCGUGCCCUCAAACUCUGGCUCUCUGAUUUAAGAGACCUUGCUUACGAUGCUGAAGACAUCAUUGAUGAAAUUAACACCGAGGUCCAGCGCCGGAGAAUACUAGGACACACCCAAUCUGCCACCACCAGCAAGGUACGCUUCAUCUUUCCCCCAUGUUGUGCUGGUUUCAAUUCAAGUGGCAUUAAGUUUAGCGGGCGGCUGGGGGCAGAGAUGGAAGCUAUCACUGCUAGAUUUCAACUGAUUCUUGAGCAAAAGAAUAUUUUGAAUUUGGUGGAGGGAGGUGGCCAAGUGAGAUUGGAGACAAAAAAGGAGGGGCUGCGCUCUACUUCUUCUCUUGUGGAUGAAUCUCAGGUUUUUGGCAGGGAACAGGAUAAACAAGCCAUUCUUGAACGGUUAAUGGAUGGUAAAACUGGUGUGAUUUCAAUUGUCGGAAUGGGUGGUGUGGGCAAAACCACGCUUGCUCAUGUUGCAAAGGACAGUCAGUUUGGCAUUAGAGAAUUGAAGGACUUGUUACAUUUAAAAGGGGAGCUUUCCAUCACUGGGUUGGAAAAUGUGGUGCAUGUUGGAGAUGCGGAUGCUAAUCUAAUGGACAAGCAUGGUAUUGAUGGCUUACAUUUGAAAUGGGGUACUGAGUUCCUUGAUCACCAAAAGGAAGAAGAUGAAAUGCUUGUUCUUGACAUGCUAAAACCUAGUAAGAAUCUGAAAGAACUUACAAUUUCAUUUUAUGGUGGUACAAGAUUUCCUUCUUGGUUAGGAGAUCCCUCAUUCGCUAAUAUUGUGCACAUGAACCUUAAUGACUGCAGUAAAAGUAUGUCACUUCCAUCACUUGGGAGACUGCCAUCAUUGAGGAAGUUGUCCAUCCAAGGAAUGAAUAGAGUUAAGAAGGUGGGUCUUGAGUUUUAUGGUGAUGAUUUGCCUUCUACUAAGAGGUUUCCGUCCUUGGAAAUUCUGUGGUUUCAGAAUAUGGUAGAAUGGGAACAUUGGUCUUAUACUCAUAAAGGUGAUGAAGAUUUAGAUGAUGAAUUUCCUUCUCUUCGUGAGCUCAUGAUAAAAAAUUGUCCAAAGCUAACUGGGGACUUACCAAGACAUCUUCCUUCCCUUGUGAAGCUUAUCAUCAGUCAUUGCCCAAAGUUGGAGGGUUCACCUAUGAGCCUCCCCUCCCUUUGUGAAUUAAAUAUUGAAGGCUGGAACAAGGAGCAACUGAAAAAUAUUGUUGACGUUACUUCCUUAACAACACUGAGAAUCCAAAGUUUUAGGGACCUUGUAUGUCUGUCGCAAGAGAUGCUACAGUCUCUAGGUUGCUUGUCCACACUUAGACAUCUUACGCUGAAAGAUUGUGUAGCUCUUAAGAACCUGCCUAAUUGGAAGAUGAUGCUUAAUUACAGAACUAGUGAUUGUCUUCUUGAAGACUUGGAGAUUGAGGAAUGUCCUUCCCUCACAUACCUUCCAGGUGGCAACAUGCUUACCAGGUUGCAAAGGUUGAAAAUCCGAGAGCCAGGCCUCUCACCCACUUUGAAAACCUUAGAAAUCCACAAUUGUGCCAAUCUCAAAUCUCUACCUGUGAGGAUGCAAAAUCUUACCUCUCUUCAAUAUCUAACAGUUUGUGAAUGUCCAUGUCUUGUGUCGUUUGCCAAAGAGGGUUCGUCCUCUCAACUAUUGGUGCUGGAGGUCUGGGAUUGCAUAAAUUUGAAGGAGCCAAUGUCAGAGUGGAACCUACACUCUCUAGCCUCUCUUAAAGAGCUCAUCAUUGUUGGUGCAUCGGAUACAGCUUCCUUCCCAGAUGAGAAGUGUUUGCUUCCUACAACUCUCACUUCUAUAGUCAUAUCUAGACUCAACAGUCUGGGAUCUCUAUCCACAGAACUGUAUAACCUGACCUCUCUUGAAUAGCUAAAAGUCAGCAAUUGUCCAAAGCUUCAAUAGUUACCAAGGGAAGGAAUGCCUGCAAAACUUGGAAAACUUUGUAUCAGAAACCGUCAACUUCUACAACAACACUCAAAGAAGAAAGGAGCAUAUUGGCCAUUGAUAGCCCACAUUCCUUGCAUAGGAAUAGAUGGUAUCUCUUCUUGUUUUCAGUUAUGUUUGGAUAAACUUUUGUUGGACUGCUUUUUUAUUCGCUUCUUGCUGGACUACUUAAUCCUUGUUGUAAUGGACUCUGCACUCUGGCACUGCAUUGGCAAAUUAAAUUCAAAAAUGACCC